AUGAACUUUCUCCGUGUGGCGCUGUGCACCUUCCUCUGCUUUGCGCGAGUUUGGUCAAUGCCGACGCGCUGCGCCGUCAGCAAGGAUCUAAUGAAGGAAUCCCACGCGCUUUUGGAGGCUGCGGGGGGCCUAUUCCCAAUGCAGUGCCUGAAGGAAAAGGUCGUCGUUGCUUUCCCUCAAAACGCGUUCGAGUCUGAAAACGCGGAUCAGGUCGCUGGCGUAGAAAGAGCCGUUUACCAGACGCUCGAGAACAUCGACGCGCUCUUGGAGAGCUCCAGUGACCCGGGCCAGUGGGAUACAAAGAAGUGGAAUGAUUUUCGGGGCCUCGUGUACCGGCAGAUUGAGGACAGCAGAUGCAUCACGAGCAGGCCCGAAGCGGCACAGGAUUUCCCCAGCAGAGAGGCGUCGCUCAAGGGAUACUUCGAGACCUUGUCUUCAACCCUAAAGGAAAAGGACUUCAGUUUCUGUGCGUGGGAAAUUGUCAGAAAUGAGAUUCUCCAAACCCUGAAGUUCAUACUGGACCACAACUCAGACAUCAUGUCUUAA